AUGGACGAUGACCAGUACGAUGAGUUUGGGAACCCGCUGCACGGGGAUGCAUACGAGAGCAGCGGUGAUGAGACGGGCGAGACGGGCGCACAAUUAGUGAGGCGUGAGAGCGCGGAUGAGCACGGCGAGGCGGCGCGGGACCUUGUACUGCAGCGCGCGGAGGAAUCGGUGUACGGGCCGGAUGUGGAGCUUUUGGUGGAGCUUGAGGACCGUGAGGGCCUGGGCGUGCCGCUGGUGAAGGCGGAGAGCGAGCGGCGGCGAGUCGAGACCGCGGUGUUCACGCAGCGGGACAGGAAUGUGCCGAGGGCACGGUACGAUCGCGAGUACAUGAUGCAGCUGGCGUGCGCGCCGGAGCGGUGCCGGGCUGCGUGCGUGGUCGGGGCGCUACACAGCGGCAAAACCUCGCUGCUUGAUCUGCUGGCGGUGCAGGCGCACGAGCGUCUUCCGUACAUGUCCAAGGCGAUGCGGCAGGGCUGGAAGCCGCUGAAGUACACGGACAGCCUGAAGAUUGAGAUCGAGCGCGGCGUGAGCAUGAAGCUCAAUGGGUUCACGUUUCUGGGAGCAGAUGGGCGCGGGCAAUCGCACGUGCUGACACUGAUCGAUACGCCGGGUCACGUGAACUUCAUGGACGAGACAGCCGUCGCAAUGCGGGCGUGCGACGUGUGCAUUGUUGUCGUCGAUGUGGUGGAGGGCCUCUCAUCGGUAGUGGAAUCGCUGAUCAAGCGGGCGGAGCGGCUCGGCCUGCCGUUGAUCUUUGUGCUGAACAAGAUAGACAGGCUGCUGCUGGAGCUGAAGCUGCCAGUCAAGGACUGCUCGCUGAAGCUGCAUGCUUUGGUCGACAAGAUCAAUGCGUACACUCAAGGGCGGUACUCGCCGGAGCGUGGCAACGUGCUGUUUGCAUCUUCGAAACUCGGUUUUACUUUCACGCUGGAGGAGUUUGUAAAAUACUACUACGCGCCGAAACUGCAAGCGGGGUCCUCUGAAUUGGUGGAGCGGUUGUGGGGACGUGUUUAUUUCCACAAGGGCCAGUUCUCGCUUCACCCGAACCCUGAGAACGAAGUCACGUUUGUGCAAUUCGUUCUGAAACCGCUAUACAAGAUUAUCACACACACCCUGUCCAAAGAUCCGAGCGAUAUUGAGCGCUUGCUACACCAAGAACUAGGAAUAUCCCUCGGCGAUAUACCGCCGGAUGUCGACCAAGUACCGCUGCUGAAGAUGGUCAUGGGGCGCGUAUUUGGUGACGAAACGGGGUUGAUCGAUGCUAUUGUCAAGCAUGGCCAACCUUCGACCUACAAGUCUCAGAAGGAGCUUCCUGUGAAUGCAGACGGUACUGUUGCACAUGUUCUAAAGCUCAUGGAAUAUGGCGGUGAACUCUGGUCCCUAGUGCGUAUAUACAGUGGCGAACUCCGUGCAAAAGAUUUCGUGUCGGUGAUAAAUGAAUCACAAGACGUAUCUGCUAUUGAAGAAGAUGAAAUAACUAAGGUACAGGUCGGGCAGGUUGCACUUCUAGGGGGGAGGUAUAUUUUGCCUGUGACGCAUGCUUCUGCAGGACAGCUUGUGCUGGUGAAGGGUCUGGACGAAUACUAUACCAAGUCCGCCACGAUUUUCACAGGGCCCGCUGUCUGCUUCCCGCUCAUCGACUACUACAAUGAGCCUGUCUUCAAAGUUGUCGUUCAGCCGCAAGUGCCGAGCGAGCUGCCGAAAUUGCUCGACGGGCUCAAUCUAGUUCAUAAACUCUAUCCUGGUGCUGUGAUCAAGGUCGAAGAAACAGGAGAGCAAGUCAUUUUCGGUUCGGGAGAACUCUACCUGGACACACUCCUGUACGAUCUGCGACAGAACUGCGCCAAGAUCGAGAUCAAGGUUUCCAUGCCCCUUGUGAAGUUUUCUGAAGGUUGUAGCGAUACGUCCUUCGCAGCCAUCCCGGUAUCUUCGCCGGACGGUAAAAUCAAGCUUGUCAUAAGCGCAGAGCCUCUUCAACAAGAGCUCAUUCGUGACCUGACAAGAGGUAAGCUGGUGAGCUCGGAACUCCAGGACAUGAAGACGUUGGCCAGGAAACUAAGAAAUGACUAUGGAUGGGAUUCCUUGGCGGCCCGCAGCGUGCGGUCGUUCCACAACUGCAACGUCUUCCUGGAUGACACGCUCCCGGACGAAGUCGACAAGGGUUUGGUGAACGCCGUCAUGCGCCAUAUCCUCCAGGGCUUUAAAUGGGCCCUACGGGAAGGCCCGCUUGCAGAAGAGCCCAUAUACGGGGUCCAGUUUAAGCUGCUAGACUUGCAGAUCGAGGGCGACCAUUCAUCAUCGUCUAUCCAGCUCGUGGCACUCGUCCGCCGCGCCUGCUACAUCGCGCUGCUGACCGCCGUGCCAGUCAUUCUAGAGCCUAUCUACGAGGUUGAUAUUGUUGUGCACGAGGUCCUGGCCUCCAUCGUCAAAAACUUGUUCGCUAAACGCCGCAGCGCACGCAUUUACAAGAUCGAGGCAAUUGUGGGCACGCCGCUCAUAGAGGUUAAGGGACAGAUGCCAGUAAUUGAAUCGGUGGGUUUCGAAACGGAUCUCCGUCUCGCGACGAGUGGGGGCGCAAUGUGCCAAAUGCAUUUCUGGAACAAAAUUUGGCAUAAGGUUCCGGGUGAUGUCAUGGACGAAGAAGCCGUCAUACCAAAGCUCAAGCCAGCUCCGAUGGAUAGCUUAAGUCGAGAUUUCGUCAUGAAAACGCGCCGCCGCAAGGGGCUGUCUUCAGAAGGAUACCAGAGCAACAAUGGGCCCACACUAGAGAAGUACAUAGAGCCGGAGUUAUACGCCAAGCUAAGAGAGAGAGGCCUCGUGUGA